AUGGAUAUUCGGGACUACUGUUUGUCAGCUGCAGGGUUUUGCAAUUUUUACGUUUGCAAUGUCUUCUCUAAAUACUAUGGGGAUUAUUGCAAUCAGCCGAUAUUUUUGCGUAGUAAAACCAACGAGGUACAUUGUUUUAUUCAGAAAACAAAGAAUUUUGUUGUACACUGCGGCAGUAUGGUUUAUGGCUCUCAUUGGCUCAGUGCCUCCCCUAAUUUUUCAGACAGGCGAUACACUUUCCAACCAGGAAAAGCAAUGUGCAUGUACCCAUUCCAAACUAACAUUGCUUAUACCGUCUUCAUCGAAUGUGUGUUUGUCGCUGCGCCCUUUACACUCAUCACUUUCUGCUACGCCAAAGUGUUCUACACAGUUUCAAGAUCAAAUCGUGUUUUCACGCAAGAAAAUAACCCUGAACAGCUGAGAGCAAACGUCGAAGAAGUCGAAGUCAAAGUGACCAAGACAUUAGACUUGGUCAUGGCCAGUUCCCCCUUAUGUUGGCUUCCUAUCUGUAUUAUGGAUUACAUCGACGCAGCACGCGGGGAGCCCACUUUGCCGCGACAGGUAUAUCUUACUUACGGGUUUCUGGCCUACCUAAGUAGUACAAUCAACCCCUUUAAAUAUGGCGCUACCAAUAGGCGCUUCAGACGAGAGUACAAGACCAUUUUGAAAAAGAUAAGUUUGAUCUUUACUUUUGGUCGUUGCAGU